AUGUACGUUGCUAUCCAGGCGGUUUUGUCUCUGUACGCCUCAGGUCGUACCACCGGUAUCGUUUUGGACUCCGGAGACGGUGUCUCGCAUACAGUGCCAAUCUAUGAGGGUUACGCACUGCCGCAUGCCAUAAUUCGUUUGGAUUUGGCCGGUCGUGAUCUAACUGACUAUUUGAUGAAAAUUCUCACCGAGCGUGGCUAUAGCUUUACCACUACCGCUGAACGUGAAAUUGUUCGGGAUAUCAAGGAAAAGCUUUGCUAUGUCGCCCUGGAUUUUGAAGAAGAGAUGCGCACUGCUGCCUGUUCAUCUGCUUUGGAAAAAAGUUACGAAUUGCCUGAUGGUCAGGUGAUUACAAUUGGUAACGAACGAUUCCGCUGUCCCGAAACCCUAUUCCAGCCCAGCUUCAUCGGGAUGGAAGCAUCCGGUGUGCACGAGACCUGUUACAAUUCGAUCAUGAAAUGUGAUGUCGAUAUCCGUAAGGAUUUGUACGCCAAUACCGUCCUCUCCGGUGGUACCACCAUGUUUGCCGGUAUUUCUGACAGGAUGCAAAAAGAAAUAGCCACAUUGGCUCCACCGACCAUGAAGAUAAAGAUUGUUGCACCACCGGAACGAAAGUAUUCCGUCUGGAUUGGUGGCUCAAUUCUGGCCUCGCUAUCCACAUUCCAACAGAUGUGGAUUUCGAAACAAGAAUACGACGAAUCCGGGCCGGGAAUUGUGCAUCGCAAAUGUUUCUAA